AUGAGCUCAAACAAGUGGAAGGCAACAAAUCGCCAUCUUCAGAUUCUCCAGGCCGCUGAAGAAGGCGAAUACGGUGUGUUGGCUGCCAUCGCUUAUAACAUUGAGCAAAUCUUGGGUCUUGUUCGUGCCGCGGAAAAGGCCCGAUCCCCUCUGAUCCUUCAGUUCUUCCCCUGGGCCAUUAAGUUCUCCGAUGGCCUCCUCAUUCGAACCGCUGCCGACGCCGCUCACCGGGCCAGCGUGCCAAUCUCCAUUCAUCUUGACCACGCGCAAGAAGAAGACAUUAUCAAAAUAGCAGCCGAUGAACUCCCCUUCGACAGUAUCAUGGUCGACAUGUCACACUACGAAAAAGAGGAGAACUUGGCCAAGACAGCGAAAUGGGUCAAGUACUGCAAUGACCGAAAGAUUGCAACUGAGGCAGAACCAGGACGUAUCGAAGGUGGUGAAGACGGCGUCAUGGAUACAGAGGGAUUAGAAGCGAGCAAGACCACACCAGAAGAGGUCGACCAGUUCAUUGCGACCGGCGUAGAUGCUUUAGCUCCUGCCUUUGGUAACGUCCACGGCGAAUACGGACCGCAAGGGCCUCAACUAGACCUCGAGAGACUCGCUUUGAUUAAAACGCAAGUCAACAAGCGAGCCAGAAUCGCCCUUCACGGCACGAACGGAUUCCCGCCAGAUUUGAUGCGCCAGUGCAUCAAAGCUGGCACUACAAAAAUCAACGUCAACCGAAUCGUUCUCGACGACUACUACACACAUUUACGAGCCGAUGGAACAAUCAAGCAAUCGCACACGGCCAUCAUGGAGCAGGGAGUGGAGAAGGUGAUAAACCAGACGGUUGAGUGGAUGGAAAUUCUUGGGUCCGCUGGCAAAGCGACUUGA